UUAUUCAAAAACCACCAUUUACAAUAAAGGAGGUAAAUGUAGAUUUUUCUUUCUUACUAUAUCCUUCUACUUCCAUCUCUAUAUUUUCUAGUUACAUUCAUAAACCGGAAGGACAUUGGUGGUCAAACCAAACCCAACUUCCCACCUGGUCCUCCUAAGCUUCCAAUCAUUGGUAAUUUACAUCAACUAAUGAAACAGCCCCAUCAUCAGACACUUUCGCUACUAUCUAAAAUAUACGGUCCGGUCAUGCUACUACAAUACGGUCGUGUAUCAACAUUCGUAAUCUCCUCCGUUGAAGCUUCCGAACAAGUCCUCAAAACACUUGAUACUCAGUUUUGUACUAGAAUUCAACUUGCUGGACGAAAACGUCUUUCGUAUAAUUACGUAGACAUGGCUUUAACACCUUACGGAGAGUAUUGGAGAGAGAUUCGGAAAAUAUGUGUAGUUGAACUCCGUAGUAGGAAAUGGGUGCAAUCGUUUAAGGUAGUCAUGGCAGAGGAAAUUGAUGUUUUAAUUGAUUCCAUAUCAUCAUCUUCUUCAAAUACAACUCCUGUUAACUUUUUGGAAAUGUUAACAGUCUUUGCACAUAAAACAAUCUGCAGAGUUGCAUUUGGUAGCACAACCUGUCAAAGCAGGAAUAUAACUGAUAAUGGAAGACUUGCAAAAAUUCUUUCUGAAGUUGCCGUAGUGACUGGUUUAUCUGCAUCCGACUUUUUCCCAACGUUAAGUUGGAUUAUUGAUAGGAUCACUGGAAUCCAUGGGAAGACUGAAAAGUGUUUUCAUGAUGUCGACAAUUUCUUACAACAAAUUAUAGAAGAACAUGAAAACCCAGAGCGAGUUAAACUGGAGCACGAAGAUAUCAUAGACGUUUUGCUGAAAGUGAAGAACGCUCAAACGAGUACAAUUCGUCUCACUAACGACCAUGUCAAAGCAAUUGUUGCGAAUUUAUAUUUUGCUGGAGUUGACUCACCCGCUGUAACACUGAAUUGGGCCAUGAUAAAGCUGGUUAAAAAUCCUAAAGCAAUGAAGAAAGUUCAGGAAGAGAUUAGAAGUUAUGUGGGUUCAAAAGGCAAGGUAAAGGAAUCAGACCUUGAUAAUUUUCAAUACUUAAAACAGAUAGUAAAAGAAACUCUAAGGUUGCAUCCAAUAACUUCAUUCCUUUUAAGAGAAACCAUGAAACACAGUAAAAUUGAUGGUUACGACAUAUACCCCAAGACAUGGGUGUUAAUAAAUACAUGGGCGAUGGGGAGAAAUCCAGAGCAUUGGCAAAGUCCAGAAGAAUUCUUGCCAGAGAGGUUUAAAGAUAGCUCCAUGAAUUUUUGUGGAGAUCAAACUUUUGAGUACAUGCCUUUUGGGGGAGGUCGAAGGGUUUGCCCUGCAAUUAAUAUGUCAAUUGCGUUACUAGAGUUCGUCCUCGCCAAUGUAUUGUACACUUUCGAUUGGGAAUUGCCAGAAGGAUUGAUGAGGGAAGACUUAAACAAGGAGGAGUUAUCAGGUCUAGGGAGUAGAUAUGCACUUGAGCUUGUACCCAUCAAACAUGUGGUUAGGAUGUCUGAUUAAGAAAAAAUAUUAGUUUGUGCUAUAUGUAUAUAUAGGAUUAAUGCAAGAUAUUGCAUGAGUGAAUAGUGAUUGAGUGAAAAAUGUACAAUGCAAGAUAUUGCAUGGGUAAUUGUGUGCUAACAAUAAUGCAUGAUAUUGCAUGGUUGAUUGGUUGUGUGAUACCAUUACAUCUCUAUCGAUACAAGGACAUAAGUUCUGAUAGUCUCGUAA